GCUAAAUGUGUUGUCUGCUAUGAAACACUUUGCAGGAGUUGACUGGAAAUUCUCUCACAGCGUCAAUCUACCUUGCUACUCCAGGCUGCGUGCAGCUCCCACUUUCUCCCUUUGAGCGGAUUGUCGAAUAACAGUGCUUUAGGAUGCUGGAGCGAGGCAGUAGCGUAUCAUCAGGACCACAAGUCAGAGUGGGAUGGAGACACUGAGUGAGAUGUAAAUGGAGAAGCAGCAGUGUCACCAAGUGAAAUUGGACGCCCAUAUGAUUUUAAAGUGCUUUGCAUUAAAACACAAACAGCAUCACUUCUUUCUGAAGUAAUCCAUUACUGACAAUUAAUGUCAAACUGCACGCUGGAGCAGCUUCAUGCUGCCUUGCUGGGUGAAACAUUGCUAAUGGAAAGAAAGCCUUAUAAGAUCCAGCUGGUCAAAACACACCUAAAUGCAGCAUAAUGCCUUCAAAAGUGUCAUGUUUAUAUCUGUUGACAGUGGUCUGCUGGGCGAGCGCUCUGUGGUACUUGAGUAUAUCUCGCCCAACGUCCACUUAUGUUGGCCACAUGUCUGUGCCUAUGCGUAAGACUGCAAAAACCCCAAAAAACAUCACCUUCACCAACAUUCACACCCGCACCCUUAACCCGCAUGCCUUUGAAUUUGUCAUCAAUGAGCCGAAGAAGUGCGAAAGUGCCGCUCCCUUCCUGGUCAUCCUCAUCAGCACCACGCACAAGGAGUUUGAUGCGCGGCAGGCCAUCAGGGAGACCUGGGGGGAUGAGAGCACAUUCACCGACAUCCGCAUCCUCACCAUCUUUCUGCUGGGCAGGAACACGGACCCCGUCCUGAACCAGAUGGUGGAGCAGGAGAGCCAGAUCUUCCAUGACAUUGUGGUGGAGAACUUUAUUGAUUCUUACCACAACCUCACCCUCAAGACCAUGAUGGGCAUGCGCUGGGUAGCUACCUUCUGCCCCAAAGCACAGUAUGUCAUGAAGACGGACAGCGACAUCUUUGUCAACAUGGACAAUCUAAUCUACAAGCUCCUGAAGCCCACCACCAAGCCAAGACGGAGAUAUUUUACUGGCUAUGUUAUAAACGGCGGUCCCAUAAGGGAUAUGCGCAGUAAGUGGUACAUGUCUAGGGACUUGUAUCCUGACAGUAAAUACCCACCGUUCUGCUCGGGCACUGGCUAUGUGUUCUCAGCAGACGUUGCAGACCUAAUCUUCAAGACUUCAUUGCACACGAGACUGUUGCACCUGGAGGAUGUGUAUGUGGGACUGUGUUUGCGUAAGCUGGGUAUACACCCAUAUCAGAACAGUGGUUUUAAUCACUGGAAAAUGGCCUACAGUCUGUGCAGGUACAGACGGGUCAUUACCGUGCACCAGAUCUCCCCUGAGGAGAUGCACCGCAUUUGGAACGACAUGUCCAGCAAGAAGCACCUGCGAUGUUAGAGGACAUGAGGCCCACUGGACAACUCUUUUUUUAUUUCUUUUUCUUUUGCCUUUUUCUCCUUUUCAGACUUCAUCACACUGAGUAAUGUAAAAAUAUUGAGGGCUGCUGCAAGUCUUACAUCAUGACACGUUUUCAUUAACAUCCAUCUAUGUCUAUUUCUGCUGAUUACGCCUCAUGAUUGUUAAUGAAUGCACGAGGCUUGUAAAGCGCAUAUUCUCAUGCAUAAUUAAAAUGUGGUGUUUGUUACUGAAAGUAAUUUUGUUCAUGUAUUCCAUGUAUACAUCUAAGCAGAAUAUUCUUCAUCAUAAGCAUUAAGUCAAUCAGUAUUAAAGGAUCAGUGUGUAGGAUUUAGGGGCAUCUAGUGGUGAGGAUUGCAGAUUACAAACAACUGAAGCUUUUCCCAUGUGCGUGAACUCCUGGUUAGUAUUUCUUCCGUGUUCAUUGCUGAGGUCGUUUUUACCAGGAGCCAAACUGUCCUCUCCAAAACUAAUGUACCAGAGGUCUCAUUUAUCAACAGUGCACAUAAACAUUACACAUACAAAAUGAGCCCCGAAAGAGGCAUACGCCACUUCCCAUGCAAAAGUUCAUUCAUUCAUUCAUUCAUUCAUCUUCUAACCGCUUCAUCCUCUUGAGGGUCGCAGGGGGGCUGGAGCCUAUCCCAGCUGACAUCGUGCGAGAGGCAGGGUACACCCUGGACAGGUCGCCAGACUAUCGCAGGGCUGACACAUAGAGACAGACAACCAUUCACGCUCACCCAUGCAAAAGUUGUGAUCUAUAAAAACAGACAUGAUGGGAGAAACUUUUACCCAUGCUUCUCUCUGAUAACUUAAGAUUCAGACAUUCAUGAGGUUUCUACCAGGAGCAGAAUUAUCCCCAGAGGUGUCUUCCUCUACAAAACUAACUCACCAGGUGAUUAAAACCAGUAAACAUACUAUAUAAAGCAGUGUCAUAUUAAAAAUCAGUGUUCCUCCAACGCUGUUCUGUUCGUCACAAGCAGGCCACUAGACUGAGCACCUGCUUAUGUACGCUCACCUUUUUGCUCUGAUAACUUAAGAUUCAGUCAUCCAGGAGGUUUCUGUCAGGAGCCGAAUCAUCCAUGGUGGUCUCUAACUCUCCAAAACAAACAAACCUGGUGAUUUAAACCAAUGAAAACACUGUAUAAAGCAGUUUCACGUUCCAAAUCAGUGUUUUUCCGAUGCUGUUCGGUUCAUCACCUGCUAAGCACCUGCUGAUAUGCGCUCACCUUUUUUCCUUGAUAACUUAAGAUUCAGACAUUCAGGAGGUUUCUACCAUGAGCCGAAUUAUCCACAGUGGUCUCUUCCUCUCCAAAUCAAACAAACCUGGUGAUUUAAACCAGUAAAAACACGGAAUAAAGCAGUUUCACAUCAAAAAUCAGAGCUUUUUCUAUGCUGUUUGGCUCAUUAUGGAGGGGCUCUUAACUACAGUUGCUGAUGCAAAAACACGUAACAUAAAUGGCCUUAUCUAGAGCCAGCAUUAGGUUGUCCGUCCUGGGCUACCUGAGAAACAUGGCAAUUGGAAGUGGAGGACUCCAUGAAGGAGGACUGGCUCCGUGUGCACAUAUAAAUGGUUCAUUCUAAGGUAACAAAAACACAAUUCUUAUUUAUUCUUCUUAGAUUUUAAUUAUAUACACUAAAGGAGACAGAGUUAUUGUAUUAUAUUCCAUUUCUGCCAAUAAUGCCCCUAAAUCAUACACACUGGACCUUUUAGUCAAUCAGCACUAAGCAUUAAGUAGUGUGGCCUAAAGGUUAGAGAGAGUGUUUCAACCAGACGACCUUGUUUCAAGCUCUCACUCACUCAACCGUCUGCCCUGCUAAAGUGUCCUUGAGCAAGACACUUGAUCUCUACCAGCUGCAUGGCUGCUGACUUAGCACCCUUAUCUUCCUGCAGGAGAGCGAGCCAAAAGAGAACUCCUCUGCAGGAAUCAAUAAAGUAUUAAAUUACUACGUUAUAUCUAUAAUAUUCUACAUUUUAAAAGUAACAUUAACAAAUGAAAGAAGAGCUCCUGAACAGUGGGAGCGCAAAUAGUCAAUAUAUCUAACAAAAAAAUAGGUCGUCUGUCGAGGUAAAACUACAUUUACACUCAUGCUGCUCUUCCCUUUCUUCUUUAUCAUGAACACAGUCGGAUAGAAAGCUGAAAAUAAGCCGCAGUGUAUUAUCAGUCUCUGAACAGACCGAGUUGAGAGAUAUAUUUCAGUAAAUCAUCUUUCUCUUGCAUUGGUAAAAAUGAAACCAUGUAGCUGAAUUCACUGGCUGCUCUUUUUUUUUUUUUUUUUUAACAGAUUUGCCUGUUUCUGUUUACAUAUUGUUAUAAUUUCACUGCCUCUUCUCUCUGAACAAGUCAAAUGUAUAUUUUGGUUUUUAGAUGCGUUCUGUUUUUUCUGCUCUUUGACAUUUUUAUACUUGAGGUAAUUGUGUGUCUCAGCUACCAGCUCCUCAUUACUCCAGCUGCUGCUCUUGGUUAUGUAUGCUGUACGUCAGCAGCUAUUUCAGCUCAUCGCCUCCUCCACAUAUCAAGAGAAAUACAGCAUCAUGUCGUGCAAGUAUGAGUUUAACUGUAGCUAAGACCAUUACAGAUUGGAUGUAUCGUCAAAUGUAUCUGGCAUAUCAGUGAUUACUAAAGCACUGCUACUGACAUCAUGGGAAAAAAUGUGUUUCUCAGAAAAAUGUGGCUUUCAUGGCCAAAUUUCAUUUCUCUUCUUUUUUUGUUUCCAAAGGUUUUGUAGUAUUAUAAGCUGACGUGACAUUUACUGUGAAAGCAUCUAUCCCACAAGGGG